AUGACUUCAGGAUUGAAGGGAUUCGCGGCCUUGAAACCCGCCGUUAUUUCAAAGGUCAAUGUUGACGUGACUAAAAUCCAUCCUUUUGGGGCGGCCCACAAUGGGUCUAGGCUUACACAUUUCGAAUGCCCUACUGGGAGUAUUGAAUCAGUUCCAGGGUUCGAGCCGGCCUUCAAAGCUGAUAUCACUUUCGGCGGUGACUGGUUUUCCAUGGACGCAGACGGGGAGCAUGGCCGCGUCGACUUCAGAGGAAUCGCCAGAACAGAGGAUGGCAACGAGAUUGACGUUCGUGUCUUUGGCAUUGUGAAAAUGGGGCCUGAGGCGUCCAAGCUUUUCAAUCUGCAGCCGGACAUGGCCACAGUCCCUUUUGGGUGGAUCACUGCCAAGGCUGAGUACAUUGUUUCAGACCCCAGGUUGAAGGUCUUAGAAAACAGCAUUCUUGUAGGCAAUGCUAGUGCGAUUGUUGAUGCCAAUGGAGUUACUAUCGAGAACAGGCAGUCGAUUGUUGUCGCAACGACCGCUGAAUAA